AUCUCUUCCUCCUGACAGUCUUCAGAGUGUUUGUUAAAGAGCUGAAAGCAUGCUGCCUGCGAUACUGUCAUUUUGGCAGAGGUGGGACAAGCUGGUUAGACCGCAGUGGCCACUACAGUGAGUUCCAGGUGAAAGACACAAAGAGCGUCUUCUCCACCCUUUUCCCUGUCUUCAGUCUCCAGCUCAUAUACAGAAUGUGCAUCAUGCAGGCUCCUUCAGGAUAUUAUCUGCAGACCAUGAAUUCCAACCUGAACUUGGGUGGAUUUCUUCUGCCAAUUGCACUAAUGAAUGCCAUCAGCAUCCUGCCAUUGUUAAUUCUGGCUCCCUUUAUGGAUUACUUCAGCACCUGCCUUCUUCCCUGGAAGAGAGACGGCCCGUUCCUGUCAGCAUGCAUUAUUGCUGGAAACAUUUCUGCAGGCUUGUCUGUGAUGACAGCUGGCUUCGUUGAGAUACACAGAAAGUUCUUCACACUGGUGGAACAGCCUCUUUCAGGAAAAGUCGUCUCUGUUUCCUCCAUGGCCUGUUUCUGUCUGGUUCCUGGAGUUGCUGAAGCUCUGGCAAGCCCAGCCGUCUAUGUGAUAACGCACAGAUGUGUUCCAAGAACCUUCAUAGAAACUUCGAGGAUUUUUUUGACACUGUUCCAUGGAUUUGCCUGCUUCUCAGGGGCGCUGCUGGCGGAGUUGGUUUAUCUCAUCUCCGAAGGCAUUUGGUUUCCAAACGCAUUAAACAAAGGCCAUUUAGAGAGCUUCUUCUUCUUGCUGGCUUCGUUAGCAUUGCUGAACGUCCUGGGAUUUUGGAGUGUGUCACAAAGAUAUUGUAAUCUAAAUCAUUUUAAUGCCCAGAGCAUCCGUGGAAGCAAUUGUGAAGAAACACUUCUCCUCUGUGAAAAGUCUCUGAAAUUUUAUGGCAGUAUACAGGACAUGUCUUCAAGUAUUGAUCUUCGGGAGACAGCCCUCUGA